UUGAACAACCAAGUAGUUUUCGGAGCGCAUUCCCCGGCAGCAAUGUGGAGGGAAAGGGUGACCGCGUCCAGCUGAAAAAUUCACUACUUUUGCAUUGCGUUUCUCUUCUCUCCUCCACUCUUCUUUUUUUUUUUUUUUAAUAGUUAUGAACUUUGCGUUCGUGAAGGGAGACAGCAUAUCGUCGGUUCUGGGGGAAAGCAAGCGAGUGGAAAGUGAAGAAAACUGCAGCCCUGCCGUCUCGUGUUUUUCCCCAUUUUUGUUUUUCAACUUGAGCCAUUGUUUUCUCACGCAUGGAUAUUAGGAGAUGAAAUCGGACGUGCUGCUUGUUCUUGAGUAACCUCUCGGUCGCUUCGGGCUGUAGUGCAUGCGGUCUGUAGGAGGAGAGUUAGCCCCAUUCCUCAGCAGCACAAAAAGUAGAGACACACAGGGACCACAAGUUGUCCACAAGCUGCGAGGGAGACGAAACUUUGCCAAGUUGCUGCGCAUCCGGCCGCAGACGCCAAAAUAUUCAUCGAUAUUUUCUAUCAGCGUCGCUGUCGCAACUUUAGCUGUGGAUUAUCCUCGUCAUGGAACACGGGAUCGCGUUCAGAGAAUGAAAAAGGAGUUUUGAAACAUGAACAUUUUCCUGUAGUUGCUCCAGCGGCUCGUUUGGACUACACCGACCCGAUAUAAACUCAAUUGUUCUUUGCGCUUGUUUUGUUUUUUGUUUUUUUGUUUUUUUUUUUUACCCCCUCCUCAUCUUUCCCUUCCACACUCCCCACUAGCCUGCGAAAAUGCCACAGUUGAACGGAGGCGGAGGGGAUGAUUUGGGGGCAAACGAUGAAAUGAUAUCGUUUAAGGACGAAGGGGAGCAGGAGGAAAAGAUAUCCGAAAACGUAUCGGCGGAAAGGGAUUUGGAUGAUGUGAAAUCCUCCUUAGUGAACGAGUCGGAGAACAACAGCAGCUCGUCGGACUCAGAGCAAGCGGAUAGGCGCCCCCAAACCAGACCCGACUCAGAAAGUUAUGAGAAAACCAGAGACUACUUCAGUGAAGCCCUGAGGAGACAGCAAGAUGGUGGCUUUUUUAAGAGUCCUCACUAUCCUGGCUACCCGUUCCUUAUGAUCCCAGACAUCGCCAACCCGUACCUAUCCAACGGCUCACUGUCUCCCAGUGCAAGAACAUACCUGCACAUGAAAUGGCCUGUUUUGGAUGUUCCCGGAUCUGCAGGAUUAAAAGACUCCCGUUCUCCGACACCAGGGCAUUUAUCCAACAAAGUCCCAGUGGUGCAGCAUGCCCACCAUGUCCACCCGCUGACGCCCCUCAUCACCUACAGCAACGAACACUUCUCCCCCGGCACGCCACCGUCACACCUCUCCCCAGAGAUCCUCGACCCAAAGACAGGUAUUCCAAGGACACCCCACCCAUCAGAACUCUCUCCAUACUACCCGCUGUCUCCCGGUGCUGUCGGAUCCAUCGCACACCCUCUGAGCUGGCUCAUGUCGCAGCAGGGCCAGCCCAUGUACUCCAUCCCUCCGGGGGGAUUCCGUCACCCCUAUCCAGCACUAGCAAUGAAUGCAUCCAUGUCCAGCUUGGUGUCCAGCCGUUUCUCCCCUCACAUGGUGACUCCGCCCCCGCACAGCCUCCACCAGACCGGCAUUCCCCACCCUGCCAUCGUCUCCCCAGCCAUCAAGCAGGAGCCCAGCGGCGAUAACAUCAGCCCCUCGAUGCAUGCCAGGAAAUCUCCCGUUCCUUCCAAGAAAGAAGAGGACAAGAAGCCGCAUAUCAAGAAGCCUCUGAAUGCUUUCAUGCUAUAUAUGAAGGAGAUGAGAGCCAAAGUGGUGGCAGAGUGCACUCUGAAAGAGAGCGCUGCCAUCAACCAGAUCCUUGGAAGACGGUGGCAUUCCCUGUCGAGAGAGGAGCAAGCCAAAUACUACGAGCUGGCCAGAAAAGAGAGGCAACUCCACUCCCAGCUCUAUCCAGGAUGGUCAGCAAGAGACAACUAUGGAAAGCGGAAAAAGAGGAAGAGAGACAAUAAACCGGACUCAAAACCAGAGGACUUCUCGAUAAGGACGAAGAAGCAGUGUAUGCAGUACCUGCCCUCGGAGAAGAUGUGUGACAGCCCUGCGUCGUCUCAUGGAAGCAUGCUGGACUCGCCGGCCACUCCCUCCGCCGCCCUGGCCUCCCCCGCCGCUCCCGCUGCCACUCACUCCGAACAGGCCCAGCCGUUAUCGCUCACCACCAAACCAGAGGGACGCAUGCACCACCACUUCUCCCUACCUGGGAAGGCUUCCGGGUCCUCAUCCUCCUCUUCCUCCUCCUCUUCCUCCUCCUCCUCCCAGCCCACCAUCUCCAUCCCUAUUGGUACUUCAGGUAGCCAGUCGAACACACCCAUCCUCACCCGGCCAAUCCCCUUCACCUCCCUGCACCACUCCCUUCUCUCCCCUCCUUCCCCCUUCCAUCAGGCAGCCCUUCACUCCCAUCAUGCCCUGUUCCAGUCGCAGCCCCUCUCCCUGGUUACCAAGCCAACCGAAUGAAUUCGCAAAAGGCAAAUUUCUCUCAUUUUAUUGUGCUGUAUAUUGCUUUUCUUUAAAAUAGGUAGUAGGACAACGUUUUUUCUAAAUGAUGAAAAGGAAGAAAUAUUAUUGGUCAAUAUUUGACUGCCUCCUUUUCUACAUCUCUCAAUGAAAACAAAAUUGUAUUUUUUUGUAAAGUUUACUGCAGAACUGGUUUCUUUUUGAUGCAUUUAUCCAAUGAACCUCUUGUAUAAAAGAACCAAUGUACAUAAAGUUUCUUUAUAAAAGCAAAAAGAAACAAAAACAUGUUUUUUUUUUCCUUUUUAGCCAAAACCUGAUUAAUGUUAGUAUGAAGUUUAAGUCCUAGUAUUGGCCAAUAAUUCCACCCCCUCCCACCCCGCCUCCCCCUUUUUGAUUCACGAGUGUGUGCCCCUUCUUUGACAUGUUAAAUAAACAUUUGAAAUUGUUUCUUAAAA